AGAAUUGCACGAAGGAUUGAUUAUGGUCACGGGCAUAGAUUCAUUCGCUUAAUCCUAAAAUGGAUGGCGUCUUCAAGGGAAUGAGUGGGAAUUUGAAUAAAGCAAAUAAGCAGUGAGGGAGGUGGAAGGAAGGGCUGGGAAGACGACGGAGGCGGAGAUUCGAACGACGUGAGCAGAGCAGCUGGACGCACAAACAACAAGUUCUGUAUUGAAGCCCUACUCUUCACUCACUAACUUUUGCCGUGAUCUGAUGGCAGAGGCGGUCAUGGGUGGCACGGUGCACACGAUUGUGGCCCCAGUGGAGCGGGCCAAGCUUUUGUUGCAGGCCCAAGAAAGCAAUAUGGCUAUUGUUGCCGGUGGGCGUCGGAAAUUUGAAGGCUUGUUUGAUUGUAUACUCUGUACUGUCAGUCUGUCAGGAGAAGGCAUUCUCUCCGUGUGGAGAGGCAAAGCAGCAGUGUUCUUCGCUGUUAUCCCCACGUCACCCUCAAUUUCUUACUCAAGCCGGGUGUACAGCGCUGAUAUUAGUAUUCCUACUUGACAUUGCGCACACUCGCCUCGCUGCUGAUAUUCGAGGAACACAAGCCCCCCAAUUUCGGGGCAUCCACCACUUCCCGGCUACCAUAUACCUAUAAGAACAGGAUCAUAGGGAUUUACAGGGGUCUUCCUGCGUCUCUAUAAAGACACUGAGUGAAGAAUCAAGGCCUGAGUUGGCAUUGUGGAGACGUUGGAUGGUGGCUCAGGCGGUAACGACCUCCGCAGGGUUGAUAUCAUAUCCAGUAGACGCAGUUCGAAGAAGAAUGAUGAUGCCGGCUGGCAUGGACAAGGCCGUGUGCAACGGCACCCUUGACUGCUGAAAGAAGAUAUAUCGGACGGAGGGGUUGCCUUUAUUUUACCGCGGGGCAGGUUCCAUUAUGUUCAGGAGCUCAGGGGCAGCAGCUAUUCUAAUUCUAGUGUUGGAUGACGAGGUCAAGAAAUUUCUGAAUAUUUCUUUUGGCCAAUGAUUUGCUUCAUGUCAACAUCAGUGAGUCACUGUGGCCUUCAGAAAUACGCCAGGGAUCCAACGAAUGGUUCAUUGACCAGGUGGCUCUUGGGGCUGCAGGGAUUUGUUCAAUUGUUAAUGAUUAGGCGUUACGUGAGAUGCCCAUCCUGCUGUGUCUCAUUCAAUUCUAUAUUUCUGUUCACAGGAAUCGUCCAAAAAGGAAUUACGUGAGAUAAAAGGAGCGGAGGUUGUGGAGGAGGGGCCAGCAAAGUCGGAACCUUGAAGAUGCAUUGCUUUUUGAAAAGGGGAAUAGGGAGCAGCUUAAAGCAAUGGGAACGAUGGGAAGUAUAGGGUGCGAAGGUGAAGGAAGUAAAGGGGCUUUUGGAGGGAAGAGAGUGCAUCAAUGAAAUUAAAAUAACGAGUUGAGAACCCAAGCAUUAAGGAGCAUUCAUUGCCACUUUAGGUGCACAAUGGUUGUUUAUUGACGCAACUUGCAAACCAAACAAAAGAAAAAGAAGCAUAGUGGAAGGAGGGUUGGGGCAGACGGGGGAAGAAUCCUGGGGAGAUUCUUAUUACGUGAGGCGUGUCGAGAUUCUAAAAGAGGGGGAGAGGGAAUGG